GUCGCUCUGUGUACACACACACACACACUGCUUCUGGGACGACCCAUAGCCUGUGCGCGUGUACGCGUGUGAGUGUGUGUAUGUGUUACACACUCGCUCGGCAGCUGUUGAAUUAAUCCGAAGUUGAAGUUUGGAGUGAUAUUACGCCACCAUCAUCUUCUUCAUCAUCCUCAUCCUCAUCGAUAUCAGUCGGAGUUCCAGCUGAAGAGUGUGUGGACGCUAGGCUGGCUCUUCCUGGGGUGUAAGGCACUGAGCGCCUGUCAGCAUGGACGCCCAACUACAAGGCCAGCAGCCACCAAUAGCAGUGUUUCAGCCACAGAAGCCGCUACAGCCAGAGAUGGGCUACAACAGCUUAGCCAACUAUUACAUUGAGAAGAAGAUUGGACGAGGGCAGUUUAGCGAGGUCUAUCGGGCAAAAUACUUGAUAGACAACACUUCAGUAGCUUUGAAAAAAGUUCAGAUAUUCGAUCUGAUGGAUGCCAAAGCCCGGCAAGAUUGCAUCAAAGAGAUAGAUCUCCUGAAGCAACUCAACCACCCCAACGUAAUUAAAUAUCACGCAUCAUUCAUCGAGGAGAACGAGCUAAAUAUAGUGCUGGAGCUGGCGGACGCCGGGGACCUCUCACGUAUGAUAAAGCAUUUCAAGAAACAGAGGAGGCUGAUCCCUGAAAAGACGGUAUGGAAGUACUUUGUUCAACUGUGCAGCGCACUGGAGCACAUGCACUCCCGGCGUGUAAUGCACAGAGAUAUUAAACCGGCCAACGUCUUCAUCACUGCUACUGGAGUGGUGAAACUAGGCGACCUGGGUCUGGGCCGCUUCUUCAGCUCCAAAACCACCGCCGCACACUCUCUAGUGGGCACCCCUUAUUACAUGUCUCCCGAGAGGAUACACGAAAACGGAUAUAACUUCAAAUCUGACAUCUGGUCGCUAGGCUGUCUGCUGUAUGAGAUGGCGGCUCUUCAGAGUCCAUUCUAUGGGGACAAGAUGAACCUGUACUCGCUGUGUAAAAAGAUCGAGCAGUGCGACUACCCUCCUCUACCAUCUGAUCACUAUUCAGAAGAGCUGCGAAAGCUGGUAGAUAUGUGCAUCAAUCCGGAUCCGGAGAAGCGGCCUGACAUCACCUACGUGUACGAAAUCGCCAAGCACAUGCACGCUCUGACUCUGGCCAACUGAAUCCAUCCUCCGUCUGCUUCUCCUGACUAAAGCUCACUUCUGGAUGAUGUUUGCCAGCCAUUUAAAAAAAAAAAUCUCCUAUGGCUCAUUGGUUCAUGUUACAGUCAUAUGAUUGCUUCAUUACUGCGAGAAGCUUUAAUCCAAACUUGUGCAGGGUGACUUUAACAAGUCAUCACAUCAUUAUCAACUAUUAAUUCUACUUCUGUGUGGUGUGUAACGCUGAAGCAGAGUCACAGUAGGUGUAAUUACCACACACACACACACACACAUUUGUGCAUGCACAACUUAAAACCAAAGAUUAGAUAUCAGUAUAAAAUGUAGAGCAUAAACAUUAAAAAUGCACAAAACGGUUAUAAACGUCUUUUUUUAACCGAAUCUGUCUUGCACACAAAGGAAUACUGAAGCCUAAAGUGUCUUGCUAUUAUGCGUUUUUUGGAUAUUGGUACAGAUGCUGCAACACCCCUGAUUGUUGAAUGUAAAUGGCUUUUUUUCCAUCUGAAAUGAAACUAAGUGUCUCAUGACACUCCUUCAGAAACCCUAUAAAAGACUGAAUGUCUCCCCUGGUAUAUAUAAAAAAAUAAUCUCAUGUUUCCCUAAAAACAGCUUCUCUGAUUCAGUUGCUUAAAUUGUGUUUUCUAGUUCUAUUAAAAGAGAAUGAAGUCAUCAUGUACAUGUUGCAGGUUGCAUGUGCUUUCAAACUAAUCCAGUGCCUUCAGCCUUAUUAGGAUUUUACAAAAAUAAGGGAACAAACUAGGUGUCAGUUGUCAUUUAUAUUAUCCUUCACAAGACCGGCUAUUUUUAAAAGACUUUUCUGUCUGCUUCAGUCCCCAGAUACCUUUUAUUACUUUGAUAAAAAAAAUAAAUAAAUAAAUACAAGCCUUUUGUAUAAUUUUAGAAUAAAACAGCUGUCUCACUGAAGAGCUAGAGUCAGGAUCGUGGAAUACUUCUGAGGCAAUUAUGGACCAGGACUGAUGAAGGAACAUGAAUAAAAAGUCUAUCAGCUCGACGAUCUUUACGUGAAUAAUCAUACUGCAUAUGCACAUUGCAUCUCUUCAGCUGUUCUAGUUUUUUAAACAAAAAAAUAAAAUAUAUAUAUAUAAACCAACUGCUACAUUGAUCUCACAGACAUAUGACAGACACUGUGUUUCCAGUUUAAACCUCAAUACAAUAAAUUGUGCUAAGUGCCUUUUCUCACCUACACCAAGCCUUGUGCAGUCUGCUUGCCCGGCAAUACCCGAUAAGGUAAAAUCUCUCUUCAGCCUAAUUAGUUUACUGUUGAAAAUUUUUUAAGGUGUUUCAUUUUUGUUUUUACUUUUUUUGUCAGGGGUUUGUUUGGGCUCCUUUAUAAGCAGCAGGUUUUUCCGCCUUGAAAGAUGUUCAGCUCUGUAGGGGGUAUACUCACAGAUCAGUCGACUUGCACGUCUCGGUUAAAGAUAACUUGUCAUUCUUGCACACAGCUCAAGUUCCUCCAUUUCACUGAUGCCCUAUUUGGCCAGAUUACAAACACACUCAGUUCCCACUUCCAUUACGGUUCCACAAGCCUCCGACUUUCUUUACCAUUAUAACAGCUUUUGUGUACGGAACCUUUUGCAUCUAAAGAUUUAUUGAUUUGCUGUGAUAGUAUCCAUGUAAAAUGUUUUCAAGAGUAGUCGAGAGCAUUUUAAGUGUUUACUUUUUGUUCAUUAUUAUUUAGCUAUAAUCGGUUUAUUCCUUUUUUUUUUUUCCUUUAUAAUGUUAACACAAUAACAGUUGCCUCUUGUUGCCUCCUAGAAGCAUAUUUAUCUUGAUAUUAAACUCCGAGACAGAGGGUCAGGGUGAAGAAUCGUCACACAGAAGUGCUGCGGCGUGUGUAUGUAGUGCUCUUGGCGCUAUAUGCUUUUAUUGGCAGUGCUUAAUGGUGAUGUGUUUACAUAUGAAGCCUUUGCAAAACUUGACAAAGAGAGUGGUGCGGAUGAUAAAGCACUGGGUCAUGUUCACUAGUGCACUGCGUUGUGGAUAAUCUCGGGAUUUACAGGCCAAGUACAUGUUGAAAUAGAGAAACUCCACUCCAAGUUUGGCGCUGAUGAACAUGUCUCGGUGAGUCACUCUCUUUGCUUUCACCCAAAAACAUUUUGGGGAGGGGGGAGGGGGAAGGGGCUGAAAACCCACCUGUUAUUUAUUUAUCAUCUUUUGUUUUGUUGUUUUGUUCUUGAUGUCUAACUCAAGAUUAAUACUUUCCAUGUUAACUAAAAGCAAAAUAAAAACAGAACUUCUUUUAUCGCA